AUGAGCGGACUGUGCAAGCCUGUAGUUAUGGGGCUCAUGUUGCUGAUCUGCACUACUACCAACCACUGUGAGGAGAGCGCGCCCGCCGCUGCUCCCACGGUCGCGAAGAACGACAAGAGCCUACUCAGGUGGAUAGUGGACAUAGUGAAGCACGUGGAGGAGAGCCGCGGUGAGAACGGCACGAACGCAGCAUUGCAGUCGACUUCUAGGAGAGAAUCCCCGGUUGAGCCAAAAAGGGAUUUACGGAACCUCAAAACAGAUAGUGGUGAUCAAAUUAUUGGUGAGUUCGCACAUUGACAGCGGGGCGUUGCCAUGAACUCCAAAAUAUGUUGUAUAACAGUCUUAAGUGGUGGUGUAAAAAGAGCACCACAUAAUGUAAAGCGCUAUGAGGGUGCUGGGUGCACAUCUUCCAAAUAUGUUAUGCCUUGGGAAUUUUAAAGUUGCUGAAUCUUAAGAAAGUGAUUUACAUUUGACAUUUUAGUCAUUUAGCAGAUGCUCGUAUCCAGAGCGACUUACAGUUAGUAGCAAACUUUGAUCUCCUGUUCUGACCCCGCCUUCUUUUUUGUCUUUCAGAAAUAUUUCCUAGAGAUCUCAGAAAGAAAGAAAAGUUUUUAAAACACUUAACAGGUGAGAUAUACAUCAUAUGGCAUGUGUGAGAGAGAUAUUUGAGUGUGGUGGGUCAGGAUGUAAAGGAUAAGAAAGGGAGAGAAAGGUGAUAGUAGUUGGUCUGCAUUGCUUUAAUUCAAAGGCUUUCUCUGUCCCUCAGGUCCUCUGUAUUUCAGUCCCAAAUGCAGGAAGCACGUAUACAGACUAUAUCACAACACCAGAGACUGCACAAUACCUGCAUGUAAGUUCCUCAACCUCUUCAUAUGACAAAGAAUACAUUUCCCCUGGAUUUAAACCAGUGUUUAUAGGCACAACACACAUGUUAUGUAUAAGGGGAGGCGUAGUACUGUCUCCCAGGCAUUCAUCCCUCCUCUACUUCUCUUCUUUCCUUUUAAGACUUCAAAAGAUGUGCGCGGCUUCUCACACGCUUAGCGGGGAGCCCACGAUGUACAGAA